CAAUCAUAACGUAUACAAGAAAAUCAAAUCAACAAAAGGCAAGAGAGAGAGAGAGAGAUGGCAAUGAGGCAACGUUUUGGUGGAAUCUCUAGUACCCGUCCAAGACUAUCGUCUCGUUCAAUUUAUGAAGAUUUCAAGCCCCAAUUUGAAUUGAAGGAAGAGCAGGAAGCUCACGUUAUACAUGUUCAUCUGCCUGGUUUUGUGAAGGAGCAAGUAAGGAUUACAUUUGCGGCUGCCCCUGGUGUGAUUAAGGUUGAUGGACAACGGCCUCUUGGGAAUAACAAAUGGAGCCGUUUCAACCAAACCUUCCCUAUUCAAGAAAAUUGCGACGUGAGUAAAAUUCAUGGCAAAUUCAACAAUCAAAUUCUUAUCAUUACAAUACCAAAGCUAGGCAUCACUAAAGUAGGCCCUAAAGAAGCAGCCAAACCAAGCCAACAAGCACCACCUACCGCUUCAAAAACUCCAACUGCUUCUGCUUCUGCUUCUGCUGCUGAGGCAAAGCCACAGAAACUACAAGAGGACCUAAUUCCGUCAAAACCCAGUUUGACAGCAACUGCAGGCCCUCAGAAAAGUAGCUCUUCUGAGCCAAAGGCACAAAAGGGUCAGGAAGUCAUUUCACAAGCAGCUACUUCUGCUGCUCAAGAUGAACAGCAAAGGGAUAAGAGAAGUGCUCCUCCAGCUGCAGGCCCUCAGGGAGCUGCUGCUGAGCCAAAGGCACAAAACUCUACUUUUAGUGCCAGAGAUGAAAAAGAAAGGGAUGACAAGAAUGGUGGUCAUCCAUUAGGCCUUCCGAAAAUCGUUGCUGAGACAGAAGUACACAAGGAUAAGGAUGAGGCCCUUCCAAAAGCAAAUCCAGCAAUCCAGAAUGAGAAACAGAGAGAUGAGAAGAGGGUGAUAACUUUGACUAGUCCUGAAAGAGGCAUAAGUGAACCUAAGUCUCAAAAGGGUAAGGAUGAAAUUCCUCCAAAAAGAAUUGACGAAAAGAUGGUGGAGUUUACUGCUGAGCAUGUUGAUCGAAAGGAUCAGAGUGAAGCAAAAGGGAAGCCAACAGAACCAAAGAAUGCUGAGAGAGUUGCUGAAACCAGUCUGCAGAAGGAAAGAGAGGCCAAUGAGAGAAGCAAAGAAGCAGGGGCUGUCCCAAAGAUUUUAGAAAAGGCAAAGAGAAAGAGCAAGAGUUCUGGGAGCGCUGUUGACCGAGAGAAGCGUACAGAGGAGGAUUCCAUUGCUGCAAAUGUGAUGGCUGCUGCAAAGGAGGGCAUGAGAAAUCUAGGAAAGGGGGUGAACAAUGAAGAGACGCAGAUGUUGAUCAAUAUGGGAGCAGCAGUUCUUGUUCUUCUGGCACUUGGGGCUUCUGUUUCCUACAGCUUAUGGUCCUCUGGAAAAGCCAUGAACUAA